AUUUCUUCAGUAUUUAACAACAAAACGCUUUCGCACUUAUUGCAUUUCGUAACAGAUAUAACUUCAGUCAGCGAUUUCUUUACUUAAGUCAAUGAAAGCAAUUAAGCGGUCGUAAUCAGUGCAUUGUAGCGACAUCCACCUCUUACCAUUAUUCAUUUUGUAACUUCAUGUCGAACGAAGCUACUCAAAAAAGUGUAGUCAACGCAAUUGUUCGCAUUUUAAUUAAAAAUGCUAAUAAAAGCAUAACCUUGUUGAGUGUGUAUUGUUUUGGAGCGAAGUCAGCACUUUGUUAUACCCACUUUUAAACCAGUUGGGUGAGGAUCACCAGAUUGUAUUUUUGAGGUGAUUGUUAAAAUGCCGGUUGAAUACGGGUUCAAAGCACAAACCAUCAUCGAUGAGGGAAGGACCACCCAGGAUGCCAUCAAUGAGAUUAAAAAGUGGCUGUCAGAAACCAAGUUUCCUGAAAUUCCCGAAGAAAUGAUUGCUCUGUUUCUUUUGUCUUGCCAGAAUGUCAUUAAGGAUACGCAAAGAACUAUAAAAGCGUACUUUAAACUUAAAAGUGGUGCACCUGAGAUGUUCACUGGUCGGGAUAUAAACAACGAAGAAUUACAGAAGGCCUCAAGAGUAGUAAGCUGCAUUAGCAUCCCCAAAAGGAUGAGCAACAACACGGUCAUUCACUUUUUCAAAAUCAACGACCCAAAUUACCAGAAUUUUGACUGGCUGCUUUCCAUGAAGCUAGCUUUUAUGUUACUAGAUAUCAGCCAAAGAACAAAUCCUCCAAGUGAGCUCGUGGUGAUCAUCGACAUGAAAGGCGUAGGUUUCAUGCAUCUCACCCGUUUUAAAAUCGGAGCUGCGAAAACGUUUCUAGAAUUUCUACAAGAAGGGAUGCCCCUCAAAAUAAAAAUGAUACAUAUUAUCAACAGUAACUACAUUUUUGACAAAAUUUUAUCCAUAGCUAGGAUGUUCAUAAAAAGCGAACUAAUGGCAAUGUUAAAAUCAUAUCCAGCUGAUACCGAUAUAACACAAUUUCAGAAAGAACACAUUCCAGCAAGUUUCUUACCCAAGGAUUAUGGCGGAGACUUGCCUAGCAGUCUAGAAUUAAACGAAAACACGAUACAGCAAUUUAAGGAAUUGAAAGUAUUUUUCGAGUCUGAGGAAAAACUAAUAAGUUAUUAUAAAUAAAUUGGUGCACUUAAUGGAUCUGUAAAAAUCUGAUUUUUA